AGUCGUCGUGGUUCCCCCAAAGGCCUCCACGUCUCCUCCCGGCAACUAGGGCCUGCAGACGCUUCCGGGCUCUGGCCGCACUUUCGCGAGGAGCCCUGGGCUCCUCCCGAGCGGCUGCCCGAGAGCCCCUCCCCCAGCCCCCCCCCCCCCCCUCCGUCCUCCCGGCUCCGGGGCGCCUCCUCCACUGCCUCCGCGCCCGCCUCGCGGGGGAGUCAGGCUAGGGUGAGCGGCAGGGCCCCCACGGCGGGCGCGGGUGCGAGCGCCGGGGCGCGGGACGCGCAGCUCUCGGGAGCAGCCGGGACCGCCUUCCUCCCGGCCCAGGCGGGCGGGGGCCGGGGCGGUGCGGGGCGGGCAGAGCCGCCUGGCCCCUCCCCUCCGCCGCCCUCCCCAAAGUUGCCGACUCCCCUGGGGCCGGACAGUCUUAUGAUCCGGCGGAUCCUCCUGGGGAGGCCGGGCCGGGGAGCGGGUUCGGGCGCCGAGCGGCGGGGCCAGCGGGCGAGCGCGGCGAGCCGGGCCAGGGCGGGGAGCCGGGCAGCGAUCGAAGCGGCGGCGGCAGCGCCCCGGGCCCGCCGCACCUUCCCCUCCGGUGAGGGGAACCGCUGCAUGGGGCCGGGGGGGCGGCCCUGCUGCGCCGAGCGGCGGCGACGGCGGACCCCCCAGGCGGGCUGGGGCUGA